CGAGGCUCCCGUUCGGGUCGUACAAUGGAACCCAGGCGUUCAUAAUGGAUCGAUAACCCAUUGUUGGAGGGAAAACAUUCGGGUUCUCGUGCGCGAGAGAACCAGCAUAAAUUUAACCCCAACUCGAGUACAGUACAUACGUUACUUAUCCCAUCCGGCAACGCAAGAAACAGGGCAAGCAUGUCUUCAUCCCAGGACUCGUCACGGCGAGCAGCCCGCCUUCGACAUCUAUUCUGGGACACGCUCGAUGGAAAGCGCUUUGUGCGGAGCUCUCAGGAGGGACAGCUGUUUCUGGAAUCCCUUCGCACCCAGCCGUCUCCUAGUCGAUGUGUCGAGGUUCUCGUCUCCAAGCCGUCGGGCUUGAAUGCCGUGAGGGAGGCAGUUCGCUCAGACCUGUCCGAGGCGUUUAUCUCAUCCCAAACUCUGCCUUUCCUGCGAUACCUCUCUGACCCCGGGGUCAAAACCCUCGUCGAUGGACAGCAUCUUGAGCAGGUGCUUCUGGCCGUUGCCAACCCCCCAACACUUUUGGACGCUUUGGUGGCUUUAUUCGACUCGGGCAAGGUUGUGGACGACGGCCUUUAUUCGUUUGCUUGGCUAGCACUCGAGCUCAUAUCGCUCCGCCCGGGCACGCAGGUGGAUAUCUCGAGCGUUCUUCGGUGCGUAUCGGAUGACCAACGUUUGGUCAAGUCUGAGGACCACGCAACCCGUGAGCUAGGCUACAAGAUCAAGAAAGUCAUUCAACUUCGGUCCUCGCCAAGCCAGAAAGAUGAACCUGGCGGACCCGGUGGGCGACACGACAACGACUUUGCCGAUAUCAGCAAAAUCCAGAUCUAUCCGACAACCGACGAGUUUCUGUCGACACAGCAGCCGUACUACCAGACAGCUCGGGAAAUCGUGGAUACCGAAGCUGACAAACGUCCGCGGGCCCAUCUGGAUAACCACUUCCGUCUUCUCAGGGAGGAUAUGCUUGCUGAGCUGCGCGAAGAUAUACAAGUGGCCACUGGAAAGAAAAAGGGGAGACGCAAUGCCCUGUUGCUGGGUCAUCUCGUUCCUGCUGGUAUUGAGAUCGGGGAUGCGACUACGGGGAGGUUUAAGCGGUGUACGCUACUCCUCAAGUGCUUCUCCGGUCUCGGUUUUCUCAACAGGAUAAGCGACGCUGGAGCCCGAAAAAAGUAUCUGAAAGACCAACCGGGUCUUCUCAGGCAUCAAGCAUUUGGCGUCUUGUGUCGCGAAAAGGAUAUUCUGGGUUUCGCCUUCGUCGACCGUGACAUCGAUAUGCUGACCCAAUCGCCUCCCAUCGUGUCUUUGCAGUUCACUGAUGAUGACGCCCUUCGACGCGCCCUCCUUGCACUCUCCUUUCCGAAACGGGAGCUGGUGCAGUUUGUUUUGGUCGACACGCCAGUCUUUGCCUACGAGCCAGUUUUACUUGGACUGCAGAGGAUAACAGACUUGCCACUUCUCGACCUUCUGGUCAACCCUGCCGCCAUUCCUCAUUCCGAUUUCAAGACGCCAAAGCGGCUCUGUCCGCUCGUCUCUAAGCUCAAGGCCGCCGUAAAAACCCUGGGCCCCGAAAGUGUCAUCGAACUAGCAACUACAUCGACGCGCAAGGUCCAGAUCGACGACGCGCAGCUCAACGCCCUGCUCCUGGCGUUGACCAGCCCCGUGAGCCUUAUUCAAGGCCCCCCAGGGACCGGUAAAUCCUUCAUUGGGGCUCAGAUUGCGCGCUGUCUGUUCGAGGCCGGUCUUCGAAUCUUGGUUUUGAGCUACACCAACCACGCACUCGACCAGUUCUUGGAGGAUCUCCUCAAAGCUGACAUCCCAGGGGAAGCAAUGGUUCGAAUCGGCUCCAAGGCAAAAUGCACGCCCCAGACCGCGCGCCUACUCCUAUCAGAACAAAGAGGUCAAUUCCGCCGCUCCCGACAGGCUUGGGAUAUCAUCAAUCUUCUCAAGCUGGAAGCGGCAAAUCUCGGGUCCAAACUGAAUGAAGAGUUCCAGAAGUCUGCAAACUUCUCUGCCAAGUGGGAUGACAUCGAGGAGUAUUUGGAGUUUGAGGACGGGGGCCAUGCGUUCCUCGACGCACUCAGAGUCCCAACGCAGAGCAAUGGCUGGGCUCAGGCGGGCAAAGGAGGCAAGGCAAUUGGUCCGGAUUACCUUUAUCUGCAGUGGAUCAGAGGCCAAGGCCCAGGACAGGUUACGAAGCAUCUGUCUCCCGCUGCGAAAAUUGUGUGGAACAUGCCGCCCUCCGUCCGAGUGGAGCAUCACCACAAGUGGUUGCGGUCCCUGACGGAGGAACAUCUCCAAGUUAUCGAGGAUCUAAGUCGGCAGUUCAACGAGGUGCACCGGAAGAUUAGCCUUCAGUUUUCCGAGGCCGACGCAAACGCUGUCCUCGAAAAGAAGAUCAUCGGCUGUACCACCACGGGAGCAGCCAAAUACGACCGCUUGAUCCGGGCAGCAAACCCGGACGUCAUCUUGAUUGAGGAGUCGGGCGAGAUCCUUGAGAGCCAUGUCCUAACAGCUCUUGCAAGCACUGUCAAACAACUCGUCCUAAUCGGAGACCACAAACAGCUUCGUCCAAAGAUCAACAACUACGCAUUAUCCGUCGAGAGAGGUGAUGGUUUUGACCUAAACCGCUCGCUCUUUGAACGCCUAAUCCUGCAGGGCGCCACGCACGCAACCCUACACAAGCAGCACCGGAUGGCUCCCGAGAUAUCCGUCUUUGCACGGGAACUCACCUAUCCCAACUUGCUCGACGGACCCAAGACCAGUGGCCGUCCGGAGAUACUCGGGCUGCAGGACCGGGUCAUCUUCCUGAAUCAUACCAAACAGGAAGAUACGGACAAGCAGCUUCGGGACCGCCGUGACCCCGGUGUGAAAGAGAGCAAGAAAAACACAUUCGAAGCAGAGAUGGUACUGCGGUGCGUCAAGUACCUCGGCCAACAGGGGUACGCUUCCGACAAAAUCGUCAUCCUGACACCCUAUCUGGGUCAACUACGCGUCUUGCGGGAUCUAUUAGCCAAGAACCAGCACGAUCCUGCGUUGAGCGAGAUGGACAAGAACGAGUUGAUCCGGGCCGGGCUGAUGACCGAAGCUGCCGCGAAGCUUGACAAGAAGCCGCUGCGCAUAUCCACAAUAGACAACUAUCAGGGCGAGGAGAGCGACAUAAUUAUUGCUUCACUCACGCGCAGCAACGGAUCUGGAGACAUUGGUUUUAUGUUUGCCCCAGAGCGUUUGAACGUCCUGAUCACCCGUGCUCGCAACGGCAUCGUGCUCAUCGGCAACAUGGCUACCUUCAUGAACAGCAAGAAGGGGAAGGCCACUUGGCAUCCCUUCUUUGACCUGCUUAAAUGCAAGGGCCAUCUUUAUGAUGGUCUCCCCGUGCAUUGCGGCAAACAUCCCGAGAGGACCGCGUUGCUCAAGGAGCCGAUGGAUUUCGACAAAUCGUGCCCUGACGGAGGGUGCACCGAGUCAUGCAAUGCCCCCCUGAAAUGCCGCAUCCACAAAUGCAGAUCCCGGUGUCACCGCGUCGUCGACCAUAGCCGCGCGGAAUGCAACCAGCUGGUCGCCAAAGUGUGCGACAGACAACACAAGAUCAAGGUCCGCUGCGGCAAGGAGAAAGAUGGAUGUCCCAAGUGCAUCCAAGAAGACAAGGAGACAGAGCGCAGAGUCAAACGAGAUCUACAGCUGGAAGAAGAACGCGCACAGCGAGAGGCCGAGUACACCCGGAAGCUCCAGGAAAUUCAGGACGAAGUCGACCACCAGCGACGCAUCAACAAGUACGAAGCCGAAGAGGAGUCGCGCAAGCAAACACUCGAACAGCAACGCGCCGAGCUUUCCGCUUUGAAAGAUACAGAACAGAGGCUCCGCCAGCAGAACAAGGUCAAGGCAGAAGCGGCGGAACAAGCUGCGAAGGCCAAAGCAAAGGCUUCGGCGCGAACAAAAGACAAGAAGUCCUCCACUCCAUCUGACGAACCUGCCUGGUCGAGUGGUGCCUCGGCAGAGUGGGAUUUCUUGAAGAAGUACGAGGGUGCGCAGAGCAAGCCACUUGACGCCUUGAUGGAGAUGAUUGGGCUAGAAGAGGUCAAGCAGGAGUUCCUCAGCGUCAAAUCUAAGGUCGACACUGCGUUGCGACAGGGCAUCUCGAUGGCCGCGGAGAGGUUCAGCUGCUCCAUGCUAGGAAAUCCUGGAACCGGAAAAACGACGGUCGCUCGCAUGUAUGCACAGUUCUUGACGGAGCUCUGCGUGAUUCCGGGCUCGUGCUUCAAGGAGAAUACCGGCGCGGGUCUAGCAAACCUGGGCGUUUCUGGCUGCAAAGGCUUAGUCGACGACAUCCUCAACGAUGGUGGUGGCGUGUUGUUCAUUGACGAAGCCUAUCAGCUGACCUCCGGUAACAGCCCAGGUGGAGGAGCUGUCCUUGACUAUCUGCUCGCCGAAGUGGAGAACCUCAGGGGUAAGGUGGUCUUCGUUCUUGCCGGAUACAACAAGCAGAUGGAGAGCUUCUUUGCCCACAACCCGGGGCUCCCCAGCCGCUUCCCUGUCGAGAUGACAUUUGCAGACUACACGGACGAGGAGCUGCUGAAGAUCUUGGAACUCAAGGUCAACAAGAAGUACAAUGACUCCAUGGACUGCGAGGACGGACUGACCGGGCUGUAUUGCCGCAUCGUAUCAAGACGGGUUGGGCAUGCCCGUGGAAAAGAAGGGUUUGGUAAUGCACGUGCCGUUGAGAACGCCCUGGACAGGAUCUCCCGCAGACAAGCAGACCGUUUGCGAAGAGAACGAAAGAACGGUGCCAAGCCAAACGACCUUUUCCUUACCAAGGAGGAUCUGAUCGGGCCGGAACCGGGCGAAGCACUCACCAAAUGCGAAGCCUGGAAGAAACUCCAGAGCUUGAUCGGCCUUGGGUCCGUCAAGCAAGCAGUCAUGUCUCUUGUCGACAGCAUCCAGCAGAACUACCUUCGGGAAUUGGACGAGAAGCCCCUCAUUCAGUACUCGCUUAACAAGGUCUUCCUGGGGAAUCCCGGCACUGGGAAGACGACAGUGGCAAAGCUGUAUGGGGCCAUUUUAGUAUCUCUUGGUUUGCUGUCCAAGGGGGAAGUUGUGGUCAAGAACCCCUCCGACUUCGUCGGUGCCCAUCUAGGUCAGUCGGAACAGCAGACGAAAGGUAUUCUCGCCGCGACGGUCGGCAAGGUUCUGGUAAUUGACGAAGCCUAUGGCCUCUACGGCGGCGGCGGCUCACAGGGCGGAACUUCGGAUCCGUACAAGACUGCCGUCAUCGACACCAUCGUAGCGGAUGUCCAAAGCGUUCCAGGAGACGACCGUUGUGUCCUACUGCUUGGGUACAAGGACCAAAUGGAGGAGAUGUUCCAGAACGUCAACCCGGGGCUAAGUCGGCGGUUCCCCAUUGCGUCCGGGUUCAACUUCGAGGACUUUUCAAAUGAGGAGUUACGCAACAUCUUCAACCUCAAAAUCAAGCAACAGGGCUACGAGGUUACCGACCAGGCGGCCAACGUGGCUAUGGAAAUGCUCAACCGGGCAAGGAACCGACCCAAUUUCGGUAAUGCGGGAGAAAUCGACAUCCUCCUCGAUGCCACAAAGGCCCGUCAUCAGUCCCGUUACUCGAAGAAGCAAGCCAAGUCCUCCAGCCUUCUAGAAGCACUGGACUUUGACGAGAAUUUUGACCGGGCGUCAAGGGCUGAGACCAACGUCCAAAAGCUGUUUGAGGCCACAGUCGGUUCAGAGCAAAUCGUUUCGUUGCUCCAGGGUUACCAAGACACUGUCCGCACGAUGAAGUCUUUAGAGAUGGACCCCAAGGAGAACAUCCCCUUCAACUUCCUCUUCCGUGGCCCGCCUGGCACGGGCAAGACCACCACAGCCAAAAAGAUGGGCAAGGUGUUCUACGACAUGGGCUUCCUCGCCGCAGCCGAGGUCGUCGAGUGCUCUGCCACGGACCUGAUCGGGCAAUACGUGGGUCAGACAGGGCCAAAGGUGCAGCAGCUCUUUGACAAGUCCCUCGGCAAGGUCCUUUUCGUUGACGAGGCGUACCGGCUAGCGGAAGGGCACUUCGCCAAGGAGGCCAUGGAUGAGAUCGUGGACUCGGUUACCAAGGACCGAUACUUCAAGAAGCUCGUCAUCAUCCUGGCGGGGUACGAGGCCGAUAUCAACCGGUUGAUGGCCGUCAACACGGGCUUGACGUCGCGGUUCCCCGAGGUGAUCGACUUCCGGGCGCUGACAGCCGAGGAAUGCAUAACCCUGAUGCUCCAACUACUGAAAAAGCAGAAGACUGUUCUCAAAGAGAAGAACAAGGAGUUCGACAUAUUCUGCUUGAAAGUACCCACACAUCGGUUCAGGAAAGCUUUGCUCCAGACAUUUCGAGACCUCGCCGCGCAGGACAACUGGGCCAGCGCGCGAGAUGUCCAGGCCCUAUCCAAGGGUAUAUUCAACCACAUGCUCCGCGAUAAGGAGGGUCUUGCUCGGGGCAGCCUUGUGCUCACCGAGGGCGUAAUCACCGCCGAGCUCGACGGCAUGCUAAAGGAGCGCCAAUUACGGGCCAGCUCCGCCAAACAGCCCCGUUCCCUCGACCUUCACGACCUCCUCCAGCAGGCCCCGUCACAGGCGCCACCUACCCCUCCCAAGUUCUCAACCGAAACUUCCACCUCCCAAACCACCGCCCCACCUCCCCCGAACGAGGAGGCACCCUCUGAAGACAACAAAUCACCUCCCGUUAACAUCGCCAUCCGCCCCAAAACAAGCGAUAACAACAACAACCCCCCACGCUCCCCAAACCUGGCGAGGCGCGACGCCGGCGUAAGCGACGCCGUCUGGGAGCAACUCCAGCGCGACCAGCAAGCCGCAGAGGAGCGCGAAGCCGAGUAUCGGCAGUUGAAACAGGCGGCGCGGGACGCGAGCGACGCAGCGCGCGACGCGAUCGUGAAGCGGCUGCUCGAGGAGGAGGCGCGGCGGCGGCGGGAGGAGGAGGCGAGAAGGAAGCUGAAGGAGAUGGGGCUUUGUCCGGCGGGGUUCGAGUGGAUUAAGCAGGAGGGGGGGUGGCGGUGUGCGGGGGGUUCGCAUUUUGUUGUGGCUGAUGUGAUGGGGGCUUGAGGUUCUUAUCUGGCCCGGGGGUUCUUGUGCUGGGUGUGUCGUUGAUGGGAGGAAGGAAGGUAGUGAACGGUGGAAUCGCCCUCAACUUUUGUUUACAAAGAUUUGU